ACCAACCCUAGGACUAAGAGAGAGAGACCAAGCAAGCAAAACAAAGCAGCCCCCUUUUCUUUGUCCGUCUCUCUGCGGCGGCGGCGGCCGGCGGCGAGGCGAUGAGAGCUGUCACCGGCGCCAUCGUCUCCUCGAAGCCGUGCUCGCUGCUCAAGGCCAAGGGCAUCCUCUCCGGAUUCUUCAAGAGCUCUGCCUCCAACCUCCCCACCUCCGACGCCGCCACCUACCUCCUCACCGCCGCCGACGCCGUCGACGAGCUCUGCCAAAUCCGCGGCGACAUCCGCAGGGCCCUCCACCACCACCUGCACCUGCACCACCAGCAGGAGGGCAGCCCCCCUGCUGCUACCGGUGACGGUGACGGUGAGAGGAGGAACAAGGACAAGGGUCGUGUGAAGCAGGAGGAGCAAGAGGCGGUGGUGUCCAAACAAGGGAUCAGUUUGGUUCCCAGGAAGAAGAAGGACAUUCCAUGUGUCAUCAAGCAGGAAGAACAAGAGGAGCCGGAGCCGGAGCACAAGAAGAUGAUUUCAAACAAGGGAUCAGUUGGUAGCCACGACAAGAAACGGAAGCACGCCGCCCAAGACUUGGUCGAGGUGAAGAAAGAAGAAGCUGAUUUCGUCGAUGCCGAUUUGGGGAGCGACAAGAAGAAGAAGAAGAACAAGCACAAGAAAAACAAGAGGAGCAGAGACGGCGACGACGCCCAACAAGAAGAAGAAGCGGAGGUCGAGCAUACCAAGAAGAAGCAGCGCAACUAGUAAGUAAUCUGGGAGGUUACUGCUCGGCUGUUCUAGCUAUCGUAUCCAUCCUAGUCUAGGCUCACUCAACAGCUAUGUUUUGUGACUCGUGAUACUUAUGUCAUGCUGUUGUUGCAAUGAAAUUACUACCUACACAAUU